CUUUGAAUAAUUGCUGAUGACGUAGGCGGAAGUGUGAACCCUGCGUCGCCUUCCAGUCAACCGUUCCCCUUUUUUGCUGAAUAACUUGACAAGAGUUUGUUUUUGUGUUUCAUCGCGCGUGUUUUAGUCUUCUAAACCCGCCAAGGCUCGCUUGUGAGAGGCAUGAGCGACAAGAGCUGUGGUCCUGUGGCCCGCGCGGUCCUCCAGCAGUGCCUGCAAGCCCGCCUGCAGGUCAAAGCCGCCCAGGAGAACUCCGACGCAGAAUGGGUGGAGGUGGGCAGAGGAAUGGUGAUCUACGUCUGUUUCUUCAAAGGUGCAACAGAAGACAUCCUGCCCAAGAUGGUGUCCACGCUGUUGCACCUGCGGCUGUGCGAGUCAGAGUCCGGGAGGAUUGUGUCGGCACUGGAGCUGCCCGGCAGCGUGCUGGUGGUGCCACAGGCCACACUGGGCGGAAAAGCCAAGGGGCGGGCCAUGCAGUACCACAACAACAUCGGGAAAGAAGACGGACUCCGGCUCUACACCGCCUUCGUGUCUCUCUGCCAACAGGAAGUGGCGGCGGCAGAGGUGACGCUGAAACACGGCACCUACGGCAACAGACAGGUGCUGAAGCUGGACACCAACGGGCCUCACACACACCUGCUGGACUUCUGAACCCUCGGCCAAAACAAAGAAAAAGUAAAGCAGCAUAAAGCAUGCUAACCAUC